AUGUCCGACGCACGCACUGCCGUCUACGGCCCUCCCGUCCCGAGCCCAAAUGGCCAACGUACAGCCCAAAUCGACACGGCCGACUUUAUUCGCUUCGUGCUGAUCACGGUGCUCGUGAUCCUCGUCCGGAUCCUCGAGGGCCUUCUCAAGCUCAUCGUCCGCGCCUGCGACUUUAUCAUUGAGAUCUGGCCGAAGCUGUGGCGGGCGAUCAUGUUCUGCUGGGAAAAGCCGGACGUGGCCAAGGACCUGAUCAAGACGUCAUGGCAUCUCGCCGAAAUCUCGUACAAGAACGGGCUCUGGUCAUUCAGCGAGGCGAUCGGCGGCUUUGUCGGCACCGCGGCGGACAACAUGCUCAAGGCCGAUAAAAGCAGCAAAUCACCAAAGACGGCGAAACCGCUCAAGACGCCCGCCGCCCCCUCGCCAAAGCCCACGCCCAAC